UAAAAUCAACAUGCUCUGCCAAACUCAAUGAGAGAGGAGGAACCUGCAAAACCUUGGGCAUGGACCAGUCUGCUGUAAUAUUAUACAAUCUCUCAAAAAUCCUUCAGGUGAAGGCAAACAAGAGCAGCGAGCAGCUGUGUGCUGCCUGCCAUGCCAGGGCCGUAUGCGUCAGUCGUACUGGUUGGUGUGCCCUCGGUUCGCAGCUGACAAGGCGUGUGCUAAGUGAACCUGACAUCACAAGGUUUGGAUGGCUGGCAGAGGCAUGAAGGAGCAGAGCUGUUUUGUGACGGAGUUAAAUAAGUCUAAUUACAUGAUGAUUGAAGAUAAUAAAGAGAACAAAGACCAUUCAUCUGAAAGAGGUAGAACGGCCAUAAUUUUUUCCUUGAAGAAUGAAGUUGGAGGACUUGUAAAAGCCCUAAAACUCUUUCAGGAGAAGCAUGUGAAUCUGGUGCAUAUUGAAUCGCGGAAGUCCAAGAGAAGAAAUUCGGAGUUUGAGAUCUUUGUGGACUGUGACAGUAACAGGGAACAACUGAAUGAGAUCUUCCAGCUCCUGAAGUCCCACGUAAAUGUUGUCUCUAUGAACUCAACAGAGCACUUCAUUGUGCAGGAAAAUGACAUGGAGAAUGUUCCCUGGUUUCCGAAGAAGAUCUCAGAUUUGGAUAAGUGUGCAAACCGAGUGCUGAUGUACGGGUCUGAUUUGGAUGCUGACCAUCCAGGUUUCAAAGACAAUGUCUAUCGCAAGAGACGAAAGUAUUUUGCAGACCUGGCUAUGAACUACAAACAUGGUGACCCAAUUCCCAAGAUUGAAUUUACUGAGGAGGAGAUCAAGACUUGGGGGACUGUAUAUCGAGAGCUUAACAAGCUUUACCCUACUCAUGCCUGCAGAGAGUACCUAAAAAACUUACCCUUGCUCACCAAAUACUGUGGGUACCGGGAAGACAACAUCCCCCAGCUGGAAGAUGUGUCCCGCUUCCUGAAAGAGCGCACAGGUUUCACCAUUCGCCCAGUUGCUGGAUACCUGUCUCCGAGAGACUUCCUGGCAGGCUUAGCAUUCAGAGUUUUUCACUGCACUCAAUAUGUUAGACAUAGCUCGGACCCUCUCUAUACACCAGAGCCUGAUACCUGCCAUGAACUUCUAGGCCAUGUCCCUCUUUUGGCUGAACCCAGUUUUGCUCAGUUCUCCCAGGAAAUUGGUCUUGCAUCACUUGGGGCAUCAGAUGAGGCUGUCCAAAAACUGGCAACAUGUUACUUCUUCACUGUGGAGUUUGGUUUGUGCAAGCAAGAGGGACAGCUAAGAGUUUAUGGUGCUGGCUUGCUCUCCUCAAUUAGUGAGCUCAAGCACGCCCUCUCUGGCAGUGCCAAAGUCAAGUCCUUUGAUCCAAAGGUCACCUGCAAGCAAGAAUGCCUCAUUACAACUUUCCAGGAGGUUUACUUUGUUUCUGAAAGUUUUGAAGAAGCAAAGGAAAAGAUGAGAGAGUUUGCAAAAACCAUCAAGCGCCCAUUCGGUGUGAAGUACAAUCCAUAUACGCAAAGUGUGCAGAUCCUAAAAGACACCAAGAGCAUUGCCAGCGUGGUGAAUGAGCUCCGUCACGAGCUGGACAUUGUCAGCGAUGCCCUCAGCAAGAUGGGCAAGCAGCUGGAAGUUUAACACCCCAAGUGGCAGUGUGGUGCAAUUGGUCAACUUUUUUCUUUUGCUCAUUGGUUUCAUUCUAGGCAUGAAAUGUGUUUGUAUACACAACUCUUACCUUUACAAAUGGACAAAUUAAUGGCUCAUAAGGUUAAUCAUUUUAUCCUGUUUUUCUGUUUUAAAGUCCCUUACAAAAUGUAUUUCUCCCCCCUCCCUGCCCCUGUAAUCAUUCUUGGAUUAAAAAAAGGCCUGGAGUUGCCCACGAGAAGCUACUAAGAGAAUAUAGAAAUUACUAGUCUGGAGCAAAACUGUGGUCUGUGUAUCAGGAAUGGGAUCAGAUGCUUCAGAGGGUGGCUUAUGAAGCAGUAAGCAGUGCUGUCUCUGCCAGCCACAUAUAUGAAAUGAAUAUAUGGAAAGGAUAUAAUACAUCUGAGUGGGAGAUCUCUGAUGGGUAGGGUAUAUUUAAUAGCAUGCUAGGAACUGUAUCUUUGUAUGUAGAACUUAUCAAAAAAUCCAUGGUUUGCAGCUAUGAAGGUCACUGGUAAAAUGGGCUGAAAACUUAAAGGUAGCACAAGGUACCCUCAUCCAACACUUUGAGAAGCUGGAAGGACUUUGAAGAAGGUGCUUGAAGUUCAGUUUGUGUUUCAUAUGCCUUUGCGUAGGCGAUACCUGCUCCAUGUGCAAGCACUGGUCCGGUGUCUCCGAAAUGCAUUCACUGUUUAAAUCAAAGCUUCGUCUCUUUUCUGUGACUUUAUCAACCCAGCAUUGCUCUUUCUAUGGAUGUACUUUUACCUUUAGGACAUACAGAAAUAGUCUACAAUGUUUAUGGCUUGCAUCUCACUUUUAAAUAGAUUUUACAAGUUUUCCCCUUUUUAAAGAAGGAACCUACUUCUAAGCAGGUGAUAAGGGAGGAUCUAUUUUGCUUGCUUCUGUGAAAAUAGUGUUAAACUGCAUUUUUAACAGAGAUUGGAUUAUGUUGUUGAAAGAUGCAUAAUAUCUGUUACCACACAUCUUUAAAUUAUGUGUGUUUUAAGUAGGAAACCUUAUAUCUGCUAAAUUAGCACCGAUUUCAAAUAUAUUGGAAAAACAGCAAUUGUAUCUUUAUUCGCACUAGUUGAACAAAAAAUUUAAGAAGGAAACUACUGAAACAGAUGAAUGUAUUUUCUUGGUAUUAACAAUGUGUGUUUAGCUUCAUUGCAUCCAAACCUCUGGCUAUGUAGAGCAGUAAUAAUUUAAAUAUUUCAAAACUAUUGUGGAGGCUUAAAGUGUCAAUGAAAUAAACACUGAUGACUUGCUGGUUAUUGUUGUAGAAGCACCAGAGCUUUUAAUUCAACACUGUAGCAAUAAACACGAACCGUUCA